CCGGAAGCGAUCCCGGGAAGCUGGGGCGGCAAGAUGGCGGCGCGAGCGGCGUUUGGGGCGCUGGCCCGGCGUCUCUGGCAGGGUUCAAGAAAUUUUUCUAUAAGCAGUUCCAGGAGCAGUACGGCCAAAAAUGGUGGCUUUCUUCUUAGCACCACUAUGAAGUGGGUACAGUUUUCAAACCUACACGUUGAUGUUCCCAAGGAUAUGACCAAGCCUGAGAUAACCAUUUCUGAUGAACCAGACACAUUAUAUAAGCGCCUGUCAGUUUUAGUAAAAGGCCAUGAUAAGGCUGUUUUGGACAGUUAUGAAUACUUUGCCGUGCUUGCUGCUAAAGAACUUGGCAUCUCUAUUAAGGUACAUGAGCCUCCAAGGAAAAUAGAGCGAUUUACUCUUCUCAAAUCAGUGCAUAUUUUCAAGAAGCACAGAGUUCAGUAUGAAAUGAGAACCCUUUAUAGAUGUUUAGAGUUAGAACAUCUCACUGGAAGUACAGCAGAUGUCUACUUGGAAUAUAUUCAGCGAAACUUACCUGAAGGAGUUGCCAUGGAAGUCACAAAGACAAAAUUAGAACAAUUACCAGAACACAUCAGGAAGCCAAUCUGGGAAACAAUGCCAGAGGAGAAAGAAGAGAGCAAGUCAUAAAGUCCCAGCGCCACCGCUUGUUCCGGGGUGUGCAGUGAGGGCGGGCCAGACCAGCGUGUCAAGGCGGGGGAGCCCUCAGCAAAGACAGUUUCGAAUCCACCUAACUUCUCCUAAGGCCACAUGCCCUGACCAGUGGAAGCAGGGGUUAGAACUUGGGGGACACAUUGGACUAUUUUAUCUGUUCUUUUAUACAUGUCACUGUUUCAGUUCUGAUGUUUAACAAAUGCCAGCAAACCUUUUGGACCGCUCUGUACCAAGAGUCAAAUUCAUAUUUGUUAUUCUGCUGUUGUUCAAUCAUUAGUUUGUGAUUUAUAUUGUUUCAUUCAUCUGAAAGUAUUUCAGAUAUUCCUCACACAUUUUUUUUCUUUCAAAGUACCUACAAGGAAGUUUUGAUUAACUUAACCCUGAGCAGUUAAAGUUUUUGAUACUUACCUUAGUUCAGGCUGGCAAAUGCUAGUUUGGGGGUGGUGACCUCCAAAUUCUCAUGUAAACAUUACAUUCUUAAAAAUGGGUGUACUUUGCAGGAGAGCAAGCUCAUUUAUGGCAUGUCCUGAAUUCUGCUGUGGCCCAAACCCUUACAGGGCUGUCUAGAAGGGUCACCAACAUGGAAUUUGAACAUUGAUGAAAUUACUGCCUGAAUCAUUUCAUUCAUCCUGUAAUUUAUUUAUCCAGCAAGCUUUUCUUAUGUUAACUCUGCACCCAGCACUCUAGUAAAUACCAAAAAUUGAAUAGAAAUAAUGGCUUUUGAAAAUUGUGCAAGGCACAAAUAAAUACUUUUCCUUAUUAAA